UGUUGCUUGUUGUGGGCGGGAGGGAUUUUCGAGUUUGGAAAAAGUGCUGCGGAAAAGUUACAGUAGUGUGGGUGGCUCGGCUGCUAGGAAUUAUCUUCAUUCAGCAUAACAAUCUAAUUUAAGCGCUGUGGCUUUAGUUCGGUAUCAGCAAAAGCUCUCUCCGAAAUUUGCAUUUAUUGCUAGCGUGCGCAGCCACGGUGUGGGAUUGAUAUGGCUGUCACGGUGAAUCAGGUCGUCCCCGUGGCGGUUGGCGUACUGGUGGUCGUAGCCGGUGCCCUCCUCGCCAACUACCUGCUGAAGAAGGACAAAUCCAAGUCCGGCGGUGGCAAAUCCAGCGGCGGCGAUGCCAAGAAGGCGGCCUCGUCCCAGCUGCGUACGCUGAUGGACCCGCAGGAAAAGUACAUGCUUCCGCUGAUUGAGAAGGAGGAGCUGUCGCACGAUACGCGGCGGUUCCGGUUCGGGUUGCACUCGGGAGAGCACGUGCUGGGGCUGCCCGUUGGUCAGCACAUCCACCUGUCGGCGACGAUCAACGAGGAGCUGGUGAUUCGGGCGUACACGCCGGUGUCCUGCGACGAUGACAAGGGCUUUGUGGAUCUGGUGGUGAAGGUUUACAAGAAGGGAGUGCAUCCGAAGUUCCCGGAGGGUGGCAAGAUGUCGCAGCACUUGGAGAGCUUGGCCAUCGGGGACAGGAUUGCGUUCCGUGGACCGUCGGGGCGGUUGCAGUACCUGGGUGGGGGCAAGUUUUCGAUUAAGAAACUGCGGAAGGACCCGGCUCAGAUCUACGAAGCUGAUAAGGUCAGCUUGAUUGCCGGUGGAACUGGAAUUACGCCGAUGUUGCAGCUGGUUCGCGAAGUUCUGAAGAAGGCUGACUCCGACAAAACUCAACUGUCGCUGAUCUUUGCCAAUCAAACCGAAGACGACAUUCUCCUCAAGCCCGAGCUGGACGACCUGGCCGCGCGCUACCCCGAACAGUUCAAGCUGUGGUACACGCUGGACCGUCCCAACCCCGACUGGACCCAGGGCAGGGGCUUCAUCACGGACGAGAUGAUCAAGGAGCAUCUGUUUGCCCCCUCUCCGUCAACGCUGGUCCUGAUGUGCGGCCCACCGCCGAUGGUCAACUACGCGUGCAUUCCGGCGCUCGAGAAGCUGGGCUACCAAAUGGAUCGUACCUUCGCCUAUUAAGAACAUCACCCCCUUCCCAGCCAACCAAGACAUCGAAGAAAAGACACCCCGACGCGUUCACCACACACACAACUGCAUUUUAAACUGCCCGUAACCUCACACGUGCAUGCGUUUUAGCUGACUGGCUUGACUGUUGUUGUCGUUUUUUACUUUGCGCGCGAUCAUCGUUUGGAGGUGUGUUUGUCGCCGUCGCCUGGCCUUAAAGUGUCGUAAUCUACGGUGGGGGAACUCCGCACCCCUCUCAUCACACAAGUACUUCUAACAUCGUCAUAGGGACUCAAUCGGGAAGUGCGGGAAGCGCACCACAAUAAUCUUGAAGAGUUAGGAACUGUUGAAACGCUAAACGUUUUUUAGGAAGUUGUAAUCCAAAUCUACUAGGGCCAAGAUAUUUAUAACUAAUACUAUUAGUAAGGCGCUUGAUGUCGCUGUCCAAGACAAUGAAAUUACUGUUAUGUAGUAAUAUUUAGAUGGGAACGAGGUUCUCGAGAAGGAAUACAAAAUUCCCCUAAUAAAUGUAGUGUAUUCUA